CCAAACUUCGCGACUCCAUGGCCCUAUAUUUGGACCCGCGGUUUAAUUACCCAAAUUCUAAUAUAUUCACGAAUGAGGAAAGAUGUCAGAUUCAGCGUUUCAUUAUUCGCACGUGGGACCGAAUAAAUCAGCAGAUUCCGCAGCACACUGAUGAAGCAUCAUGCUCUAUUAACACUAGCACGGCUAGCAGCGAGAGAGAUGAUUUCAUGACAGAAAUGUUUGGGGGAUCACUUAAUGGAUCCAACAUUUCAAGCACAACGUUCCAACAACAGCUAAAAACACUUGAGGCUGAACAACGACAAAACACCAACUACGACGUAUGGGAGCAUUGGAUGAACCGUAAAACUAGCCACCCAGAAUUGUAGGCAGUAGCUUGUGUUGUAUUGGCAGUACCGGCUACCCAAUCUAUGGUUGAGAGAGCAUUCAGUGCUCUAGGGUUAGUUCUGUCACCUCAUCGUUCAACACUAGGUGAGGAUACACUGGAAAAUAUUUUGCUCAUCAAACUAAACAAGGAAGCGUACCAGCAGGUCUCUGCCACCUUAUACAAUUGGAAGGAACCCCUGGCUGAAUAGUAAUUAAGUUUAUUUUAAUUUAAUUUAUCCACUAGUCAUAGGUAAUCUCAAAAUAAAUCACCAGCCCACAAAACUGACCUGAUCACAGCACCAUUUACCCUUAAUGUGU